AUCAUGAUGUUUUGCCUGCUGUUCCUGACUCUUCCCCUCCUGGGGAACUCAGUCCCUGUGGCUCAAGACAGGGACCAGGUUGGCAUUGUUGGAGGUAAAGAGACCAAAGUUGGGGAGUUUCCAUGGCAAGUCAGUCUGAGAGAAUAUGAGAGAUCCUACUGGAAGCACAUCUGUGGUGGUUCCCUCAUCAGACCCCAGUGGGUCUUGACUGCUGCCCACUGCGUUGAGACAUCACAACAGGAGCCCUCAGAUUAUAGGAUAAACCUGAGAGAGCAGCAUCUGUUCUAUGAGGACAAGCUUCUGGGAGUGGACAAGAUCAUUGUCCAUCCAAACUACGUUGAUACAAGUCAUGGUGCAGAUAUUGCCCUGCUGAAGCUGAAAACCCCAGUGCGGAGAUCCAAAUAUGUUGACUUCAUUGACCUUCCUCCUGCCUCACAGAACUUCACCGCAGACAUGGAGUGCUGGGUGACUGGUUGGGGGAAUAUCCAAUCAGGAG